AUGCGCUUGAAAAGAAAUGAAAAGCAGUGGUUGUCUAUGCGAGAUUGCGAACUUUGGAAAUUAGAUGAAAACCAACAUAAAGUUUUGCCUGCCCUCAUGUUGAGUUAUCAUCACCUGCCAUCUCAUCUUAGAGAAUGCUUUGCAUUCUGCUCAAUAUUUCCAAAAGAUUAUGAAUUCAAGAAGCAGAAGUUAAUUCAUCUGUGGAUGGCAUCAGGCUUACUUCUGCAAGAUGGAAGCAGGCGACCAGAAGACAUUGGUGAUGAAUACUUCGGCGAUUUGUUGUGGUUGUCUUUCUUUCAAGAAGUAGAGAUUUGUGAUGGCAGCGGCUUAGUUGAAUACAAAAUGAAUGAUGUUAUACAUGAUCUUGCACGAUAUGUAGCAGGAAAUGAAUCCAUGAUGCUUGAACAUAGUGCAGCACAAAUUCGCCAUGCAUCUGUUGUUUACAAAUAUAGGGCGAUUGGAAUGCCAAAAGAACUAUUUGAAGCAAAACAUUUACGAACUCUCUUAUUGAUUGGAGAAUCCGGCUUGUUAAAUGACAAAAGUAAAAUGUUUUCAAGUUUUGGAUACUUGCGUGCGCUAGACCUAAGCAGUUGUGGUGUUUCUCAUUUGCCAGAAUCAUUGGGUGGUUUGAUAUGUUUGAGGUAUCUUGACCUCUCUUACACACCUAUCACCAAGUUACCUCACAGCACAAGGAAUCUAUGCUAUUUGCAGACUUUGAAUCUAUUUGGUUGUCAGAAUCUUAAACGGCUGCCAAGCUUGGAAAUGAUGACCAGCCUAAGACAUCUCAAUCUAGUUGGAUGUGUAAGUUUGGCUUUUAUGCCUCAUGAGAUUCGAAGUUUGCGACAACUUCAGACAUUGCCAUUGUUUGUCAUCAACAGGGUUCCUGGGGCCCUUAAUACGCUGGAAGGUUUGAAUCUUUGUGGCAAGUUGAAUAUUACCCGUUUGCAGAACGCAAGAUAUGCAGCGGAAGCACAAUCAGCUGGGUUGAAGUCGAAGGAAAAUCUUGAGUCUUUAGGAUUAUAUUGGGGAUUAGAUUGCGGAUUUGGAGAUGUCUACGAAUCGUUUGGGAAGCCUAAAGCCCGGCCUAAUGAAAUUAACGAUUAUAUUGCCUUACAAUCUCAGGCACCCCCACAACAGCCUGAUCCUGUGGAAGAAAUUCUUGAAGGGCUGCAGCCACACAAAAAUCUGAAAAAGCUAGUUAUAAAUGGGUACCCAGGAAUCAAAUUUCCUCAUUGGGCUCUCCCAAAUCUUACUUCCGUUGAUUUCACCAACUGUAAAAGUUGUGAACAUCUUCCAGCCCUUGGGAAUUUUCUACUACUUAAAACACUUUCUCUGCAUGGAAUGCAUGGCGUGAGGAGCAUCGGUACAGAGUUCUAUGGUGACGGUACGGACAUAUGGUUUCCAUCCCUCGAAGAACUAUCAAUUAGUGAUUUUUCAAACUUGGAAGAGUGGUCAACUGCAAAUGAUGCAAAUGCAUUCCCCAGAUUGAAGAAAUUAACUUUGAAAGGUUGUCCAAGGUUAGCACAUAUACCGUUAUGUCAGUCCCUUCAACAUUUGGAGCUACGGGACUGUAAUCCAACGAUGAUGUCCAUAGCAAAUUUAAGUUUGCUUUCUGUGCUUGUUCUAGAAAAAAUUCAAGGCCUGGUCUCUCUGCCGGAAGGGCUCUUUGCAUCACCUUAUCUGUCUUGUUUACAGAUAUUGUCUCUCCCCAAGCUCGGUUCACUGCCUUCGGAGAUUGGAAACCUCGCUACUCUGAAAUCAUUGACAAUUCGUUGGUGUGAUGAGUUAUCCUCUCUGCCACAGAGUUUAAAGAACCUCAAAACUCUGGAGUCACUGGAGAUUAGUGACUGUCACAGUCUACUAACCAUGCCAGAUGGUGGAAUUGCAGGAUUAAGUUCCCUUCGAACUUUGUCCAUUGAGAAUUGUAGCCAUCUGACUUCUUUGUCAUCCAGUUUAGAACGUCUUACAUUCCUCGAGCACUUGACGUUUAUGUAUUGUCCAAACCUUGGUUCUUUUCUAGAGGGUGUGCAACACCUCUCCUCACUUCGAAGCUUCACUAUCUUGAACUGUCCUAUGUUUGAUUCUCUACCAAGUGGGUUACAAAAUAGCCGGACGCUACACUGCUUGGAAAUUAGUAGCUGCCCCAAGCUAGAUGCUUUGCCAGAUUGGUUGGAGAAUCUUGCUUCGCUCAGAUCUCUGACCAUAUCUGAUUGUCCUAAUUCAAGAGUAUUGCCAUCAGGUCUGAAGUCUCUCACUAAACUCCAGCACCUCUCUAUUCAAGAAUGUCCUGAGCUUGAGGAAAGGUGCAAACAAGGUAGUGGUGAGGAUUGGUUGAAAAUAGCCCAUGUCCCAUAUAGGUACAUUGGACCAUCCAGCGAGGCAAGCACAUCGAGCAACUCUUAG